AUGUCAGAUCCCUUUUUUCGUCCAUGGGUUGAUAAAGAAAACGUGCCAGCUGCACCCGCUCCACCACCUGAGGAGCCCCACGUAAAUGAACAACAACAACAACAACAUGAUCAAAAUGAAUUGAUAAUAGAGCCAUCAGGGUCUCAACAAAGAGCACCCACACAGCAAGCAACGGUAGAAAAUGGAAACAGCGAAAACAAAUUUGCAUCGAAAGAAAAUAAUCAAAAUACCAUCAAUACACCAGAACCACCUCCAGCGCACAUUUCUCAGCCAACCAGCAAAGCAUCAGACGAAACGGCGUCAACGUCAGCAGCCUCGGCAUCAUCGGUGCCCUUUUCAUUGGUUACCGAAAGGCAACAUCUUAUCAGUCCACUACCAUCUCAACGGGCAACAACUCAUAGCGGAUACACCAAUUCUUUACCGCUGCCAUAUAUUCCAAAGAAAAAGCUUGCAUCACUCAUGAGUUCACCACUGGAGGCCGCUUCGGUUCCCGUACAAACUUCGGAAGCCACAAAACCCUUCAAUACUACGGCUGUACCUGAAAACAAUAGAUCUGACGAAAGAUUCGCUACAAACUCUUCAGCACAGUCACAACCGAAUAUAUCCCCAACAACUUCGGGAUCAGCUCAGCCGCAGAACCAGAACAGCAUGAAUAUAAAUCCGUUAGGUUUUCAGCAACUUUUUGAAAUUUCUGUUAACCAAGCACAACCAACACCAUCACAGUACAUGCAGCCUUGCGUAACGGUUGGUAUGUCAACGUCUGCAACAGCUAGACAAUACGUCCCUACUCCAACACCGUCGCAAAGUUUCACAACUACUGAAAGAUAUCAAAACCGCACUGACGCACAGCCGCAAACAAGUUCGCAAUCAGCCGUAGGCUCACCUUUACAUCAACGGACGACGGCCACUUCGGUUCUUACACAAACUUCACAUGCCGCGUAUGGACAUCAUUUAACCAGUGCACCACAAGUCAACUCCAACUCUAUCACACGACCGCAAACAUGUGCCUCACAAUCUUCACUUGCCACAAAUGGUCAACAUUCUACCGCGCCACCAAUAAUCCAAAACUUCCCGACUGGUGGAGGGCGUGAUACCAACUUCUUAGCUCAGUUACAUAUGAACCAAGGUCCAAACCAGUUAAAUGCACCAGCUACACAUCCAGUUGCUCAGACAAUAUCAUCCCAAAUCUCUAUGCCUACUCAAGGAUAUGAUACCAACUCCUUACCACAGCUGACUACGAACCAAGCUUCAGAGCAACGUGUACCAGCUGCAAAACCAAUUUUUGAGUCCAAUCUGUCCGAAAAAAUGGAUGUCGAAGAUGAAGAUGAAGAAAUCCGGUUAAAUUUUCAAUUGCCCGAAUCAGCGGUGUCCUCACCAUUAGACAAAUCUGCGUCCACAUCGGCUCUAACUCCUGAUGCAGGGUAUGAUAGCAACUCUCUAUCUCAAGCAUCAAAUCAACUAAGUAUAACAGAUACAAAGACAUUUUCUGAUACAGUUCCGACAGAACAGGAUGAAAAUUCCUGGACAGAUAUUGAAUCAUCUGAAUCAGACACAUCAGACAACACAAAUGGGCUACACUCAACUCCUCCAUCAUCAUCACAGAGCUCCAUAACUGUUGAGGCAAGCAAUGCUGUAUCAUUACCUCAGCCACAAUUCCAACAAAUAUCAGUGCAGCCAAGUGAUUUAGCUGGAAUACCAAUUACCAAAACUGAUUCCACCGAUUCAGAUAUCGAGAAUGAAUAUCCUCAGGAAAAUAUUCAAAUAAUCCCUAAUAGGGAAGCAAAAUCACCAACACCGCACACGUCUAAGCGACCUAUUCAAUCAGCAGAAAGUUCACCAUUGGCUCAAAACUCGGCCGCAGUAGUUCGCACAGAGACCAUACAUGGCCAACACUCACCACCUCGAUGCUCCAAAAAGGCAAAUAAUAACAAUACCAGCCCCUUGGCAGAGCCGCAAAGGAGACGCUCGGCCAGACAAUCUACAAGAAAUUCUACAAAACAAUCAACACAAGAAUCUACAAAACAAUCUACAAAACGGCCUAAAAAGCAAACUACACAACAGCCUGAAAAUCAAUCUACAGGAUCUCCGCCACCGUUGAUACCAACUAAUGGCAUGGGUUGUAAUUUACUAUUUCCUAAUAAGCGGGAACGUACGUGGUGUACCUUGUUCUACGGCAUGAACCGCUCACCUCUUAUUCGAAGUAUUAUAUUAGCUACAAAACCGGGAAAUGUUCCACUCCUCACAAUAGAUCAAUGGCAGCAAGGACGAGUGGAAUGUUCGCCAACCAAAAACCAAAACUAG